UGAAACUUGACCUUAACUCCCUUAUCCCACCACGUAGACCAGUACUGGAGCUUCUUUGACGAAGUGUCUCAGUCGAUCCAGCUUCCCGAGCUCGGACACAGCAGCCAUGAGCACCCGGCAGUCAAGAUCAGGCAGUAUCCCAACACCUCGUGCGGGCUCAUCGACCUCACCUACUCGCAAUAUUGAAUCUGUGAUAUCCAUCCCUUUCUCUACGUACAACGCACCGCCUCCUCGUCCCCGAAUCUCCACGGCUCAGCCAAUCUCUGUGCAAUACCGCAACAGCGAUGAUCCACGGGCGAGACGAAGUAACCCUGCCAGUUUGCCUCCGACGAGGUCGUCCGCAGCCCGGUCCAUGAGCUAUUCGGCGCCGGGAAUCUCCUUUCGAUCCUCCUCUCGCCCCAGCACGUUUGAACCUCGAAUCGUCCGUGCAGACUCCGCCGAUCCCGCAUGCCUGCCGUCCUCCUCUUCAGCCUCCUCGUUCUCUAUCCCUCCUGCUCGUCCGCGGCGCACCAGUGCUGCGGGUGCUCAAACUCAGAGAGCCACCCUGGCGCCUGCGGCGAACGUCACUGCGCCUGCCCGCCCAACCCCAUUCACGUGCCCCGCCUACCUGGAACAUUCUGCGCUGAGACAUCUGCUCCAGACAGAAGCCCCUCCCGCUCUUCCCCCGUCCCGGAAGGCGGCCGUGACGCGCAGAUCAGCCACUCCGUCAGACAGUGACGAUGAUGGCAGCCCUCCUCCCCGGCGGUCAACAUCAAUGUCUAUGAAUAUCACUAUCCCCACGCGCUGGAGCGAGCGGCAUCGGCACGAGACUCUGAGUAUCUCGGAAGACGGACGGGAUGUGACCUAUCAGGGUGCCUCGUGCAACGGCGAGAAGGACGCGGCAGCUGUUCGAACCACAAACCCCAUCCCACCGGCAUGUGGCAUCUACUAUUACGAGGUGGAGAUUCUCAGCAAAGGCAACAAAGGACACAUCAGCAUUGGAUUCGCUGGGAAAGACGUGCGCAUUUCGCGACUUCCUGGAUGGGAACGCGAUUCGUGGGGAUACCACGGUGACGACGGGUGCUCCUUCGCCGCGGAAAAGAACGGAACACCGUUUGGGCCUAAAUUCGAAUGCAAGUCUACUGGUGACAUCGUUGGAUGCGGAGUCGAUUUCAGCACCUACCAGGCUUUCUACACGCACAAGGGCCGCAUGAUCGGGUCGGUUUUCAAGGAUGUGGGCAAGCACUUUGAGCUGUACCCAUCGAUUGGCCUGCGGCACUCUGGGGAAGCCGUGCGCGCCAACUUUGGCCAAGCGCCCUUUCUGUUCCCGAUUGACUAUUAUGUCCAUCAACAGCGUGUGCGAAACUGGUCAAACAUCAUGACGACACCGAUCGGGUCACCCCCCAACACUGAGCAGCAGACCAAAGCGGCACUUGACAAGCUCGUCUUGGCGUAUCUGGCACAUCACGGGUACGCCAAGACGGCCCGCGCAUUCCAGAAACAGGCUGCGGCGGACGACGUCGAGAUGGACGGGACCACGGCAGGCAUGGAUGCCGAGAUCGACAACCGGAUGCGCAUCGUCAACUUCGUGAACCAGGGGGACAUCGACUCGGCUCUGCAGGAGACCGAGCGACUGUAUCCAGGGGUGCUCGGGGCCGACGAGGGGCUGAUGCGCUUCAAACUGCGCUGCCGCAAGUUUGUGGAACUGCUGCUGCGGGCCACGGCGCUGCACAAGCGGAUGGACGAGGACAAGGACGGGAUGGAGAUCGACGAACACGGCAGCAUCAAGGCCCAGGUCGAGCGCGCGCUCAGCCAGGCUAUCGUCUAUGGCCAGUCGCUUCUGAGCGACUACGAAUCGGACAAGCGUCCCGAGGUCCAAGCGCUGUUCACCCGAACAGUCAGUCUCGUGGCAUGGCAUGACCCGAUCGAGCGUGGUGGGAUCACCGCGCAGGUGGCUGGCCCGGAGGCCCGAACGGAACUGGCCAACGAGCUGAACCAGGCGAUUCUACGAUCACAAGGACAGCCCGCCAAUCCCGCUCUGGAGACCGUCUACAGACACACCUCCGCCUGCAUCCACCAACUGGGCAUAUCGGGUGUCGGGGCCGCUGCCUUUGCGGACAUGAGAAAGGAAUUUAUUGACGCGUGAAUUUGUGUAUUAUUUUAUUCUGCUGAUAUAUGCGAACAAUUGUACUGCACACGGUGCGAAGAGCAACGCCGCAACAGCCAGAGGUCAAGUGUCUACGCUAUUCAUUGAAUAUGAUACAAGUGAAGUGCUGCAGUGGUAAUGGAUGGGUAUCAGUAGGAUCCGAAUGCUGUCUAAGAUCUAUUUGGCCUGUGCCUUGCGCUUGAGCGCUCUCUCCUCCUCAUCUCCAUCUUCGUCACGCGGCCGCUUCAGGGUGCGGUCGCGGCUGGGUGUGCUCGGCACAAACUGCAUGGGGAUAGUGUUGAACGAGCUGUGCGGAGACAGGCUCUUCGCUUUGACUUUCGGCGUCACCGGCGGCGUGUCCUGCGGCAGUUCGAGUAGGAGCUCGCGGUAGCCAGCUUGCACGACAGCCAUCAACCUUGGAAGCUCUCAGAAGAUUUGCAUUGCGGAACACCGCCACCACUCACUGGGGAACCCGUGUGAAUAUCGUCAUAUAGACCUCCGCAAAGAUCCUCGGCAUGAGCAUCGAGUAGUCAUGCUUCUUGCAUCGUCAUCGAACUGCUCACUGUUUGGAACGCGUUUCGAAUAGAACCGAACAAAGUCGAGCGGGUGCAGAUGGUCGGUGUUGCCCGCCGCCUCCGCGAUCUUGCG